CGGGUUUAACACAGGAGACCCAUAAGUCGAUAUGGCGGACGAGUGUGAAAAAGCAACGUGAAAAUCGUAUCACGGUUUUAUGUGAAAGCAUGCCUCUUAUAGUGAUCACUGGUUUUCCUUGCUCGGGAAAGACUAAAAGAGUGGAAGGACUAAAAGAAUUCUUUGAAAAGAAAGACAAAAGUGUGGCAAUUAUCAAUGACGACUACGCUGAAGUCGAUAGAAGUUCAACUUAUUCAGAUUCAUCUUACGAAAAGGCUGUAAGAGGAACUCUUAGAUCUGCAGUUGAGCGGUUGAUAUCCAGAGACAAUAUAGUCAUUUUAGACUCCCUUAAUUACAUCAAAGGUUUUAGGUAUGAACUUUAUUGCAACGCAAAAGCACACAAGUCAACACUGUGUGUGAUUCAUUGUGAUACCCCGGAAGAUGUAUGCAUAGAGUGGAAUAGAUCAAGAGAAAAAGGAUAUCCCGAGGACAUAUUGCGAGCAUUAGUAAUGAGAUAUGAAUGUCCUGACUCCAGAAACAGAUGGGAUUCUCCUCUUUUUACAGUGCAUCCAGAUGAUGAAUUACCCCUGGAAGCAAUAUAUGAAACCUUAAUAAACAGAGUUCCUCCCCCGCCCAACCAGGCUACAUUACCGCAACCGAUAUCAGCUACAAACUUCAUGUAUGAGUUAGACAGAAUAACCCAAGAAAUAGUGACAAAUAUCCUCAAUGCCCAGAAGACCUUUGUUCCCGGGGAUAGUGUUGCGGUCCCAGGCACAACACAGAAAAUUACCCUACCAAGACAGGUGAACAUGGCAGAAUUGCGCCGAACCCGCCGCCAGUUCAUAACGUACACAAAGAUGCAUCCCGUAGAAGAUACGACCAAGAUAGCCAAUAUGUUUGUACAAUACAUUAACAACUGUAUACACUGAAAUGAAUUGUCUAAUAAAUAGAAAAAAAAGUUUAUGACUCACUAGUUUGCUUCUAAGUACAGGCGGUUUUUAUCGCUGCAGGAGUGAAUGGGUUAAACAAUUUUUUGUUACAUUGGAGCCCCAGUUUACUUAGUGAUGAAAUUUCAGACCUUUUCAGUUUUCUAAUUUUUAGACCGUCUCUUCACCAUAAAGGGUUUAGAUUGUGCACAAAACAGAUAAUAGAUAAAUACAGAAAAAGCAUGUUUAAGACUCACUUUUUUGCUUCUACGUACAGGGCGGUUUUGGACGCUGCAGGAGCGAAUGAGUUAAACCAGUUAGUGAUUUUGUUACAUGGGAGCCCUGGUAGGUUACUGAAUGAUGGGUUUCGCCUCUUUAUUUCUAUUUUCAGACCAUUCUUUUACCAGAAAAGGUUAGCUUCUCUCAAAACACAAAGACUACCAGAAAGCUGCAGGUUGUCUGUAGGUCUAUUUUCCUGCUAGCGGAGGCCUCUUUUCUCUGUAUUUCCCUGGGCCAGGCCAGCGAAAUGCAGAGAAGAGUCCUCUGCUAGCAGGGAAUAGGUCUAUGUGAAAACAGAAAAA